AUGCAACUGAUACCACCACAGCAAGUGCCACACCAUCCUCCACCGGUCAACAAACCAAGACCAAAUGCUGCUGCUGUGCCAACCAUUUCCUAUCAACCAACAGAUAUUAUUAUUCCAACUCAGUUAUAUGACAAAAUAAGCAAUUUAGGAGAAUAUAAAAGAUUACAGGAAGCAGAGAAAAAAUUGGAUUUGCUUAUUGCUAGAAAGUCCUUAGAUUUCCAAGCGAUACAACAAAAGUCGAUCCAUCCGCACGAAUACAGACCAUCUACAGGGGUUUUGAGAAUUUUCAUUUACAAUACCUGUGAAAACCAGCCAUGGCAAAAACAGUUAUUACAACAACGAGGAUUACCAGUUCCCGACCCCACUGUGGCUGAAUCAUCUUGGACGUUGCGCAUAGAGGGCAAAUUCAUUAGUGAUAAUCCUGAGGAGCAACAGCAAAUUGAUGAAACAUUCAAGUUUAGUUCAUUUUUAUCAGCAAUUUCGGUUGAUUUGCUUCCAAAUGAGGAUUACCCUAACAUUCAAGAGUCUCAAUCUCAUAUCAUAGAAUGGAGAGAUGAUGGCCUCAAUGCCAAUAAGCCGCCUGCUAGCGUUAGUUUUGAUGGAUUGGAUAUCAAAAGAAACGGUAUUUUCAAUAUCAAGUCAAAAAUCGCUUUGCUAGUGAAAAACCAUUCAAACAGUCUCAAGCUUUCAGAGGAAAUGUCUAGGUUUGUUGGUAAGCAAGAAUGCUCACAACAAGAAUUGUUAUACAUUGUUUGGCAAUAUGUUUUAUUCAAAGGUCUAUUCAAAAAAAGUACUGCCUUCACCGAGGUAGCUGCAGUAGAAACUACCACAUUGCCCAACCCAGCGGAUGACAAGGAUGCCAUUGACGACGAUUUAACAUUGAUUGAAGCAGAUGAUCUCUUGUUUGAAUUGUUUAAAGUGAAGACGUUUAAAUUCCCGGAACUUUAUAAAUUAACCCAAGCACAUUUUGUACCACGUGAACCUAUCAUCAUAGACUAUGAAGUGGACACCAGAAAAUCGACAACCUUGGGUAACGUCGUUUUGGAUAUACCUGUUGAAUUGCCACUCGAUAUUUUGAAGGCACAGAAGGAGUUGCUCGAUGUGAACAAGGCUGCAUUUGAAAACUUGGCUAAGGCUGACUCCACUAUUCUGCAAUUAGAUCAAAGAAUAUCUUUGGCGAUAAUAGCUUUGCAGAAUGCAAACCUGAGGGAAAAAUUCUAUAGAGAAUUGAGUGAUGAUCCAGUGAAGUUUAUAGAGAACUGGGUUGAAAGCCAAGCCGAAACAUUGAAAGCCUUAAAAAGUGAUGAAGGGUACGAUGAGGAAGUCGUUAGAAGAGCCAAGUAUUUCGAGGAAAAUGAAAAUCUCAUCAAGGAAAAAAUCGAACUUUUGUUAGGCUCAAACAAAUUUUAA